AUGCCUCCCAAGAAAGCCGCUGCUGCCAGCACGAAGACCACCGCCACCCAUGCUUCCUACAAAGAUAUGAUCCGGGAUGCCAUCAUCAAUCUUAAAGAACGCACUGGAAGCAGCCGUCAAGCACUGAAGAAGUAUGUGCGCAACAACAAUAGCCUCAAUGUGGCAUCCCAGAGCGCGUUCGAUGUCCAGUUUAACCGUGCCGUGAAGGCCGGCGUGGAGAAGGGUGAAUUCCUGCAGCCAAAGGGUCCCUCCGGCCCCCUUAAGCUUGCUAAGAAGGAGGCUACGAAGCCUGCUGCUAAGGCUGUUGCUAAGAAGCCUGCUGCUGCUGCUGCUGCUGCUACUUCAACUGCUACUACUGCUGCUGCCACCAAGCCAGCCACCAAAAAGACUUCUACCGCCACGAAGAAAAAGACUACGAAGGCAAAGUCUACUAGCACCAGCAAAAAGGAGGGCACCAAAAAGUCAACCGAUACCAAGGCCAAUGUUUCUAAACAACGCAAGACGCCCGUAGCUGCCCCAGCUAUCGUUGAUGUCCCCCAGGUCAUUGGUAAGACUAAGUCCGGCCGAAUCACCAAGACCACCGCCAAAUCUGCACCCGUCACCACACCCAAGAAGGCUGGGACUCCUAAGAAGCGAGCAACGGACAAGAAGAAGAAGACAGCCACGCCUAAGAAAUCAGAGGCAUGA